AUGGCCCUCCAACUCGGUCAACUAGUAUUUCCCCAACGUUUUUUCUCUGAGGUGUGUAAACCAAAGCCAAACAUCCAACAAAUUGUAGAAGUGAAGUGUAGGCAGCAUCGGUUGAUAUGCUCUGGAGCCAAGCCUAACGUUUCUGAAACCAUUUACCAGCCAACUAUCUGGAGUCAUGAUUUUAUUCAGUUGUUAGAUGAUAAUUUCCCGAUCAACUGCAAGGAGAAGCUGAGGGAGCUGGAGAAGAACGUAAUAGCGAUGAAUGUUGAUUUUGAGAAUGGUAGUUUCAGUACGUUGGAAAUGCUUGAACACAUAGAUGAUAUCCAUAGGUUGGGUCUUGGCUACCGGUUCCGAAACCAUAUAAAGAGAGCGGACACUAUAAUUACACCAAUAUAUGAAGUUCAUGUUGGGCAUGAAGAGUCUCUUCAUGAGGCAUCUCUUAGAUUCAGGAUUCUUAGACAACAUGGUUAUAAUGUGUCCCAAAAUUUUCUUGGGGGAUUUAAGGAAAGUCAAGGUGGCUUCAUUGGAUCUCUACAGACAGAUGUGAAGGGAUUGCUUAGUCUAUAUGAAGCUUCACAUCUUGGUUUUAUGGAAGAAAGUGAAUUGCAUGAGGCCAUGCUAUUUGCCAGAGAACAUUUGCUGAAACAGCUUGAAUGUCGAGAAAAUGAUGCGCAGGUCCUUGAACGCAUAAACCGUGCUUUGGAAGUCCCUUUGUUUCAUAGGAUGCUUAGAGAAGAAGCAAGAUAUUACAUUGAUGCAUACAAUAAACGAGAAGAUGCAAAUCUACUUCUUCUAGAGCUUGCAACAUUAGAUUUCAAUAUGAUUCAAGCAACACUCAAAACAGAACUUAAAGAAGUAUCAAAGUGGUGGGAAAAUAUGGGCCUAGCACACAAGUUAGGCUUUGUUAGAGAUCGACUCAUGGAAUGCUUCUUUUGUGCAGUUGGAAUGGUGUUUGAACCUCAAUAUCGUUCUUGCCGUGUAGGGAUAACGAAAGCCUACGCGUUGGUUACUGUCAUUGACGACAUAUAUGACAUUUAUGGUUCUCUAGAUGAACUCGAGAUGUUCACGGAUGCUGUCAAGAGGUGGGAUAUUAAUGCAAUAGAACACAUGCCGGAGUAUUUACAAGUGGCCUUCAAAGCUCUUUACAAUACGACAACCGAAAUGAGUUCUUAUACUUCAAUUGGACAAGGAGAAGACAUACUACCUAUACUUGUAAAAGUGUGGGUAGAGUUAUUUGAAGCGUUCCUUUUGGAGGCAAAGUGGACUCACGACAAACACAUUCCAACCCUUGAAGUGUAUCUUGAUAACGCAUGGCGAUCGGUAUCGGGAGUGGUUUUACUUACUCAUGGAUACCUUUUAUGCAAUCAAGAAAUCAAUAGAGAUGUAGUUGAGUCCUUGGACAUGUAUCAUGAUCUUAUGAAAUGGUCAUCUGUGAUUUUUCGACUUUAUAACGAUUGGGCUACAUCAUCAGAUGAGAUAGAACAAGGUAAAACUGCAAAUGCAAUAUCAUGUUACAUGCACGAGAAUGAUGUAAGUGAGGAAGUUGCGCGUAAGCAUAUAAAAACACUAAUUGACGAAGCAUGGAGGAAACUAAUCAAAGUACAUUUGGCUUGUACUAAAGAGCUGGCAAAUCCUUUCAUUGAUAUGGCAAUAAAUCUUGCUCGAAUUUCACUUUGUACCUACCAAUAUGGUGAUGGACAUGGAGCUCCGGACGCUCGAGCUCAUGAUCAGGUCUCAUCCGUGAUUAUUGAGCCCCUUAUGUAUAACUAUGCUUAAGGUUGGGCAAUAUGUGCUUAAGGAUGAUUGAUGAUGUUUUGGUUUAAUAACUUGUUGCACUUCCUAAUAAGUUUCUGGGAUUACACAAAAUGGACUUUGGAUAAUCUAUGAAGAAACAUUGAGUUUUUAGCGAACUUAAAUUUCAGUGUUAAUGUUUGUAUGUGAAUUGGGUUGAAGAUAUUG